CUAAUCAACGCAAUCCGACCGAGCGCGCCAACUUCCACUGCGAACUCAUCCUGACUGCGUCCCUCGCCUAAAGCACCACACAUCUCCUCCAACUCCCACCACCAUCACCACCAGCCGCUACGUUGUGCUGCUCCGCCCUCCUUGCAAACCAGCCCGCUGACAUCCGCCUUUGCCGUCCUCCACUCGCGCAUCUUCAAUCUGUCUCGUCGCUGAGCCUCGACGCACCCCUGUGUCAUCACCGCGACCGGCCGGACAGCAGAACGAAACUCUUGCCCACCUACCCUCACCUAUCUUGACCGUCAACACCAGCGCUCUCGUCCUUUGCCCAGCUCAAUCUCGCCAUCCACGAGCUUUCAUCGCCCAGCCCGCGUUCGAGCCUUCGUCCGAACUCCCCUGCCGCUUUUGAGGUUGCCUGAAGAUCGCUUUCGAGCUUUUUUGAGUUGCACGCACCGUCCACCCCCGGACAGCCGCCAGAAACUUAUUCGAAAAAGGCCUUGCCUCAUCCCAUCGAUCCUUCAAACUUCACUUCUAGCUCACAAAAACCACCACCGCCACCCUGCGCGCACCUCUACGCAUAUAGACGUCAACCGCCCCGCUAGAAAAUUUCUUCUCUCGCAAGCCGACGCUCACUUUGCACCCCCCAUCGCCGACCCAACGCUCCCGGCUCCACAGCGCAGUCUCGAGCCGACCUCGUGUGAGGAUACGGCCACACAUCCAUAGUUUCUUUGUGCACACCAGCUACAUAGGCAUCACGCCCCCAUCGAGACAUCCCACAAAGGCGACGCUUACUGGAGGUGAGAAGGAGACGGAUCCGCGGAAGCCCUCGUUUCUCUCCCUUUCCCCCUUCUCCCUUCACCAAUUCUCUCUUCUUCUUCUUCUUCUUCUUCUUUUCUCACUUUCGUUUCUUCCGUUUCUGUGUGAGCACUACGACAUCAGCUGGCUGCACACAUCAUGGCUAGCGAGAACGAGGUCGACCUCGACUCCAUCAUAGACAGACUUCUAGAGGUGCGCGGGAGCAGGCCCGGCAAACAAGUCCAGUUGCUCGAACAGGAGAUCAGGUUCCUGUGUACAAAGGCACGCGAGAUCUUCAUCUCGCAACCUAUUCUUCUAGAGCUUGAGGCUCCUAUCAAGAUUUGCGGCGAUAUCCACGGCCAGUACUAUGACCUGCUACGCUUGUUCGAAUACGGUGGCUUCCCGCCGGAGGCCAACUACCUGUUCUUGGGCGACUACGUGGAUCGGGGCAAGCAAUCUCUCGAGACCAUCUGUCUACUGCUCGCGUACAAGAUCAAGUACCCAGAAAACUUUUUCGUCCUUCGCGGCAACCACGAAUGCGCUUCGAUCAAUCGCAUAUACGGCUUUUACGAUGAAUGCAAGCGCCGGUACAACAUCAAGCUGUGGAAGACAUUCACAGACUGCUUCAAUUGCUUGCCCAUCGCAGCGAUUAUCGACGAGAAGAUCUUCACUAUGCAUGGCGGACUGAGUCCGGACCUGAAUUCUAUGGAGCAGAUCAGACGCGUCAUGAGACCCACUGACAUUCCUGACUGCGGCCUCCUCUGCGACCUCCUAUGGUCUGACCCUGACAAGGACAUUACCGGCUGGUCCGAGAACGAUCGGGGUGUAUCCUUCACAUUCGGACCAGACGUGGUCUCGCGCUUCCUACAGAAGCACGACAUGGACCUGAUAUGUCGUGCCCACCAGGUUGUCGAAGACGGCUACGAGUUCUUCUCGAAACGCCAACUCGUCACGCUGUUCAGCGCGCCGAACUACUGUGGCGAGUUCGACAACGCUGGGGCCAUGAUGAGCGUGGACGAGAGUCUUCUGUGCAGCUUCCAGAUCUUAAAACCGGCCGAGAAGAAGCAGAAUAGGUUCGGACGACGAUAAAUGCGUAGUACAGUCAUGGGACGGGUGAACUGGGUUUUGCCUGUUUGGGCAACUGCGGCGUCGCGCUUCGUCCCUGGUUUGGGGAAACGGCGCGGUCACGUGUCGCGCCACUACCCCCAUAUCCGCGCAGGGCACUCGCGGCGACAGAGCGUCAUACUCUGUGGUGUCCGUGGGAAUUGAAAUUCAUGCGGAUGGUGAAGGUGGUGCUACUUUGAUUGUGUCUUGCGUUGCGUUGGUGCGUUCGCUAUGUAUGCUUAGACAUGUGUGCGCGACGAAACGGGUGUACUCGUGAGAGAGGGUGGACGCUUUCUCUUUUUCUCUCUUCUCGCUGUGUGUGUGUCUCUCUCUUUGUCUUUCUGUGCGCGAAAUUUCAUUAUUUCUCUUGCCGGGUGGGACUGUACGAACGAACGAAACAAAGGGGAGAUAGGGCUUUCUGCUUUUGACGAACGCUCGAAUGCAUGUCUGGUUUGUCUGUGGUCACUGGGAAGCGGGUUCUCAAUCAUCUUUCUCACGGCUUUCUUUUUCCACCGUAAAACACCAUCGGUCAGAUCUCGUUAACAAUAGUUCCUAUUGCUGUCUUUUUGUCCACCCGACUAGCACUGAGGGAGCGGUGUAGACGAUUUGACUCGCCCUUUCGACCAAGGUGUCUCGAACAACUCCC